UGAAGAUUGGUGUAGAACUUGAAUUGUGUUUGGCGCCUGGUGAUCUCAAGUUUAUCUUACACAAUGGGGAUGGUAGGGUUUUGUGUUUAUUUCCUGUUGCCUGCUCUAGCACUGUCUAUUGAUCCAGAGGCUGUUGUUCAUGAUGUCUGGCCUGGUGGGUUUUUAGCUGAAAGCCUUUUACCUCAUUUAAGUGAGGUUGGGCCUAUCUUACCAGUCCCUUUUCCCAUCUGGAACUUGAUGGAUAUAAAAAGCAGCUUUGAUAUAAGACUGGUAAAUUCUUCCUGGAGUGGUCCUGCUGAGAGUAAUAUCUACCAAAAAGGAGACUCUGUGUACUUGCAGGUAUUUGCUUCAACUGGACCAGACAAGGCGCUCUACAUCCAGUCAUGCUAUGCUACAUCAUCUUCAAACCCCAUGGAUGAAUCCAGAUCUGUUCUCAUUCUCAACAAGGGGUGUGUGUCCUCUAAACAGUCUGUGAUUGAGUUUAUCUCCAGACAACGUGAUUCCAUUAACUUGCUCUUGGACACCUCCAGGUUGAAGUUCUCACAGAUUUAUGUACACUGCAGCGUAGUCUUCUCUUCAGCAGUGACUCCAGACACCAAAUCCUGCAACUACAACAAGAGCAAAUCCAGCUGGGUUGAGUUGGGUGGCCAUACAAGUGUAUGCAAGUGCUGUGCGUCAAAAUGUAAAGGUCCUCCUUCCUAUGGUGGUCCGUCAAAUGAAUUGAAGGCACUUGUGAGUGCUGGUCCACUUACUAUUAAGGAAGCGCAACAUGAUGGAGAGCCAUCACUUUCCAAUUUCUUUAAUGCCACGGCCCACAUUGGGUCUUCCACAGGAGCAAAACAGAUGGUAUCUGGAAUGUUCCCAUCUUCAGAGGAAAAAGGCUGGAUUGUAGCUAGUGCUACUGCAUUGGGUAAAUCCAACAACGAAUUUCCUUGCAGCUCUCCCUUGAUCUCUGAACCCGUAGUGUCGGAUAGCAUGAUGGUCAUAAGCCAAUACCCAGGAAGUGCUUUGUCGCUGUGGCUACCAAGACGUUUGCUAGAUGCUGUACCUGAUCCAGAUCUGGAGGUGGUAAUUGAUAUCCCACAGGAGAAACUUCUUGAUGUGUCCAGUCAAGCUGGUUUUCCAAUUGAAAAAGCACACACCAAGACCACUUCUGAAGAAAUGCACCAGGAAGCUCAAGAUUGGAAGUCUCUAAUUCCAGAACGUUUAAGUGAAGUUUACAUGGCUGAUUCGCCUGGCUUCAUGAAUGGCUGGGAUUUGGAUGUUGGCCCUUUGGAGGGAUUUCACUCUCCGGAGGAGAAGGAGGAACUGAGAGGUGAUGUGUUCAUGAACUACAAAUGGCCGCAGCACUAUGACCCCUUUGAUGACUUGCCCGUGGAUGUUUUAGCAUCUCCUCUGCUGGAGAAGCUUCCUGGGAAGCCUCAGGAAAAGGAUCCUGAAACUGUGGCCCUCAAACAGACUGAAAAAGUGGUUAAAAAGGUUAAAGGAGAUGACUUUGGAAAGCCAGAGUACACGAAGAAGACAAAUCUGACUUUUAGUCAGCUUUCAGAUGGAUCCAGUUCUCUCAGCUAUGUGGAAGAAGAAAGGAGUCUGAGCAUGGGUGAGCAGGAGUUCAAGAAAAGUAAGCUGAAAAUGGAACAGGGGGAGGUGGAAGAUGGCAGUUCAGAGAAACUGGAAAAAGAUCUGAUGCAGUCCCUGUUGGACUUGGUGAGGGGCUUGAAUAAGAUGUUGGUUGAUCAGUGACGUGGACUGAUUUCAUGACUGUCUGCUGGAUUUAUAAUGCCUUCUAAAUAAAGGUUUUGCCAGAAAUUGAA